GUGUCCUCACCAUGACCUCUGAGACUGGGAGUAUAGCUUCCGAGAUGUCCAUGAAAAUGGCCUCCGAUGAGGGAAAUUACCAGCAUCAAGUGGAUGAAAGUCCUCUGUCUGAGACAAAGAAGCCCAUCUGUCAACAAGGGCUUGAGGAAGUCUCCACAGGGUCCCAUUGCACCUGGUGGGCUUGGUACGAUGAGAGGUAUGAAGCUUUCUUCAAGCAGAUUAGCAAAGUAUCACAUGAGCAUUAUUACCUUGACUUUAACAAUGUGUCUGAUGAAGAACAAGAUGAGAUGCACGGAAACCUGGCUUUGGUGAACAAUGCCAUGAGUGGAAAUGUGGCAUUUCCAGGACCACUUGUGAGAGGUGAGACUGACCAUAGGCAGGUGUACUGGUACAUUUUGACUGAGUGGCAGCGGUGCAUCAAAGAUGACGCCAUUCACGAUAAAGUAGGAGCUGAGAUGGUCUGGCGUAUGCUGGCUCUUCUGUGGAGGAAGAAUGGCAUGGUGUCUGGUAAGGACCUGGCCAUAUUGUUGGUGCAGGAAACUCUGCAUGACACUGAAGCUCCAGAUAGCUGUGACGCAGAACUUGUGGAACUGCUCAUUUUGGGCAAGAAAAAGGCAAGAUCCUCUUGUACUAAUCCAGAUGUGCUGUUCUGCAUAAUAUGA